CCUCCUCUCUUGUUACCUGAAAAAAUAUCUAGCGGCGAGUGCUCAAUUUGCGAAAAUGCAGAUCUUCGUCAAAACCCUCACCGGAAAGACAAUAACCCUCGAGGUCGAAUCGAGCGACACCAUUGACAAUGUCAAGGCCAAAAUUCAAGACAAGGAAGGAAUUCCACCGGACCAGCAGCGUUUGAUUUUUGCUGGGAAGCAGCUCGAGGAUGGCCGGACACUCGCGGACUACAAUAUUCAGAAAGAGUCGACCUUGCAUUUGGUUUUGAGGCUUCGUGGGGGGAUUAUCGAGCCAUCGUUGAUGGCUUUGGCUAGGAAGUACAACCAGGACAAGAUGAUCUGCCGCAAAUGUUAUGCCCGUCUGCAUCCUCGUGCUGUUAAUUGUAGAAAGAAGAAGUGUGGGCACAGCAACCAGCUGAGGCCAAAGAAGAAGAUCAAGUAGACAUGCGAAUGCGCAUCUGCCAGUUAUCAAGUGAUUUUUCUUGUAGCAGCUUUAUGAAUUUUAAACAGCUUGUACUGACCUGAAUGGACCAAGUAUUGUUUCUUUAGUUAUAUUGGAUCUGGAUAUUAAGUAUAUUUGGGUGCUUCGAAUUAGUAAUUUAUUAUGAUA